AUGUCUAGCCCAUUCCCUACUGUUGCCGACAAGGUUAAAGGAGUCCAGAUCUUGGGCCCCGUUCCCCAAAAUGCCAAGCACAUUUUCUCGCCCGAAGCGUUGGCUUUGGUUGCUUUGUUGCACCGCGGCUUUGAGAAGAAGAGACAGGAAUUGUUGGCUGCUAGAAAAGAGGAGCAAAAAUUGAGAGACCAAGGCAAAUUGCCCAACUUUUUGCCCGAGACCGAACACAUUCGAAACGACCCCACGUGGACUGGUCCUCCGUUGGCCCCUGGCUUGAUUGACAGAAGAUGCGAAAUCACGGGUCCUACCGACAGAAAGAUGGUGAUCAAUGCCUUGAACUCCAACACUGCUACCUAUAUGGCUGAUUUCGAAGACUCGUUGACUCCAGCUUGGAAAAACUUGGUUGACGGCCAAGUCAACUUGUACGAUGGUGUGCGCAGAAACUUGACUUUUGAAACCAACGGCAAGAAGUAUGCCUUGAAUUUGGAAAAAGGCCGCCACAUUCCAACCUUGAUUGUGAGACCAAGAGGCUGGCACUUGACUGAAAAGCACGUUUUGGUUGACGGCGAGCCAGUUAGUGGUGGUAUCUUUGAUUUUGCCAUUUACUUUUACAAUAACGCUUUUGAAACCAUCAAGAGGGGUUUUGGACCAUAUUUUUACUUGCCCAAGAUGGAGCACCACUUGGAAGCCAAGUUGUGGAAUGACAUUUUCAACUACUCGCAAGACUAUAUUGGCAUGAAAAGAGGUACCAUUAGAGGCUCAGUCUUGAUUGAAACCAUUCCGGCAGUUUUCCAAAUGGAUGAAAUUAUCUAUCAAUUGAGAGAACACAGUGCUGGAUUGAACUGUGGUAGAUGGGAUUACAUUUUCUCAUACAUCAAGUGUUUGAGAAACCACCCCGAGUUUAUCUUGCCCGAUAGAUCUCAAGUCACCAUGACUGCACCAUUUAUGUCCUCGUAUGUCAAGUUGUUGGUGCACACCACCCACAAGAGACAAGUUCACGCCUUGGGUGGUAUGGCUGCUCAAAUCCCAAUCAAGGAUGAUGAAGCGAGAAACAGAGCCGUUUUGGAGAAUGUCGCCAAGGACAAGUUGAGAGAAGUCACCUUGGGCUGCGACUCGUGUUGGGUUGCCCACCCUGCUUUGGUGCCUGUUGUUCUCAAGGUUUUCAAUGAACACAUGAAGGGACCAAACCAGAUUGACUUGCCACCAAAGGAGCCAUUUAAGCCAAUCACCCAGCGUGACUUGUUGUCGCCAUUUGUUCCAGGUGGUGUCAUUACCGAACAAGGUAUCAGAGCCAACAUCAUCAUUGGUAUUUCAUACAUUGAGGCCUGGUUGAGAAACAUUGGCUGUGUUCCAAUCAACUACUUGAUGGAGGAUGCUGCUACUGCCGAAGUCUCGAGAACCCAAAUCUGGCAAUGGGUCACUCACGGUGCCCACACCAACACUGGCAAAUUGAUCACCAAGGACUAUGUCAAGCAAUUGUUGGAUGAAGAGUAUGCCAAGUUGACCAAGAGUGCCAAGCCAGGCAACAUGUUUAAGCAAGCAUUUGCCUACUUUGCACCAGAGGCAUUGGGUGAAAAGUAUUCUGAUUUCGUCACCACGUUGAUCUACGACGACAUUACUACUUUGGGCAGACCAGUUCCAAUUGAAAAAUUGUAA